UUAGAGAGAUAAGCACGACCCACGCCCAAGCAAACAGGGACGAGGACAGACCAGUUCACUGGAGAAGAGGCAAAAGAAGGUUUUUUUUUUUUUUUCCAUGGCUUUCCGCUUUUCCUGCCUGACACAAACCCAAAACUUCAAAUUGAUCCAACCUCUCUUCAUUUUAUUUAUUUAUUUUUAUUAUUGCUAUUUAGUAUGCAACUCUGCGUUUUCCUCGGCUUUUAAUUUUUUUUUUCAAAUUUUUGAAGAAGAAAUAAAAAUGAAGAGGGAAAAGAAAACACGCGCAUCGUCCUCCUUGAAUAAUAACAACUCCUGCAAUGUAAACCCUGGAUAGCGAUAGGAUUCCUUAGUCAGCUUUUGUCUGAUUAUUUUCUUUUCGACUAAUAUUAAAUAAAUAGUGUUUCAAAUUUCAAUUCAUGGAGUCCUCAACUUAUAAUUACCUCUAACUAGCUAUACAUCCCCCCCUAUAGUUAAUAAGAAAGAAAGAAGAAAAAGCAAGGGCAGAAGAGGAAAAGGAGAGGGAACAAAGAAAAAAGGAAUCCCAGAAGCUUCAAAUCAGUAAUAAUAUAAUUAACGAGGGUUUUCAUUCUCAAAUGGCAGCAGUUCUCCAAACCACACUUGUCUACUUCAUUUUAUUGCAUUUAUCCAGUGGUAUUGUUACUGCCAAAGAAAGGGAAUGGAAGUCUGCUACUGCAACGUACUCCAGGGACGCAGAUGAUGGCCGGACCAGCACGGAAGGUGCUUGUGGUUAUGGGGAUCUUCACAAGAGUUACGGAGAAUACAACGCUGGCCUAAGUAGCACGCUAUUCAACAGAGGGAGUGCCUGUGGGGGUUGCUUCGAAGUGAGAUGCGUUGAUCAUAUCCGAUGGUGCCUGCCCGGGAGCCCUUCUGUUGUUCUCACUGCUACAGAUUUCUGUCCCCCAAAUUAUGGCCUCUCAUCCGACUAUGGUGGAUGGUGCAAUUUCCCCCAGAAACACUUUGAGAUGUCCCAGGCGACCUUUGCUGCUAUUGCUCACAUAAAAGCUGAUAUAGUGCCAAUUCAAUACAGGAGGGUGGGUUGCCAGAGAAGAGGGGGGAUGAGAUUUACAGUGCACGGAAGCAAUCAAUUCUUUCAAGUCUUAGUAACCAACGUAGGGUCAGAUGGAGAAGUGGCUGCAGUGAAAGUGAAGGGAUCAAGAACAGGGUGGAUGCCUAUGGGUAGGAACUGGGGACAGAACUGGCACUGCAAUAUCAACCUCCUCGGGCAGCCUAUAUCUUUCGAGGUGACCGUCAAUGGCGGAAAAACAGUCGCAUCCUACAGUGUGGCCCCUGCAGAUUGGCGGUUUGGUCAGGCAUUUGAAGGAAAACAGUUCCAAAAUUAAUUUACACAUGAAUCUCAAAUAUUUUACUGAAAGUCAGCUUGUAUAUUACAAGAGAUAUGUAGUGAAAUACCAGUCCAGAAUUCUCUCCUCUCACUCGAUCUCUCUAUGAAAAUUCAAUAGCAGCUGGAAAAAUAUUUCUGA